GCUCCAAAGUCAAAUUUCCUCCUCACUUAUUCAUUCUCUAACCAAUAACACACUAGGUUCUACAUCCCGACAUGGACGCCAACGACGACGUUCCCGAUCUUAGUCCCAGAAUCUUCGACCGUUACGCCUCCUCUUCCGACGAUGAUUCGCAGCCCUCUUACCCUUCCCUCCACUCCACCAACCGACGCCUCGACUACAUGAUCCAAUUCCUUGACCGCAAUCUUCUACCGCAAAACACCUCUCGUCCCAAACCCUCCCUACCCGAGUUUGUGGCUAAAGGUGGUGGCCAAGGCAUUUUCACCCUGCCUGAUCGCAAACCCCUCCACCCUAAUCGCCCUCCCUACCUCCAGCUUCGACCACAUCCCCUCAGGGAGACCCAAUUCGGCCGCUUCUUGAAAACGAUUGCCUCUACCGACCGGCAGCUUUGGGCCGGCAGUGAGAGCGGGGCUGUCAGGGUUUGGGAGUUGAAAGAUUUAUACGAGGAAGGUGAGGAGGAGGAGGCUGCGCCGUUUAGGGAAUCGUCGGCGAUAUUAUCGAAUGGGAACGGGAAUGGGAAUGCGGCGGUGAUGUGUAUGGUGGGGGAUGAGGGGAAUGGAGUGGUCUGGAGUGGGCAUAAGGAUGGAAAGAUCAGAGGCUGGAAGAUGGAUUGUGAGAGUGGUGGGUUUAAGGAAGGGUGGUGUUGGCAGGCUCAUCGCGGCCCCGUGCUUUCCGUUGUUUUCACUUGUUAUGGGGAUUUGUGGUCUGGUUCAGAAGGGGGUAAUAUCAGGAUUUGGCCAUGGGAAUCUAUUAACAAUGCGCUCUCUCUGACAAUGGAAGAACGACAUAUGGCUUCUUUGUUAAUGGGGAAAUCAUUUAUUGACCUUAGGAGUCAAGUCGCUGUAAAUGGCUUCAGUUCUAUAUUAAAUUCAGAUAUCAAGUGCCUUCUGUCUGAUAAUAUUCGAGCUAAAGUAUGGAGUUCUGGUUAUCUUUCUUUUGCAUUGUGGGAUGCUCGGACAAGGGAGUUACUCAAAGUUUUCAACAUUGAUGGUCAGAUUGAAAAUAGAGCAGAUUUGUCAUUGGUUCCUGACUUUGCCAUGGAAGAUGAGAUAAAGAUGAAGAUUGUUGCAAGUUCAAAGAAGGAGAAAACACAAAGUUCCUUUGGUUUCUUUCAGCAGUCACGUAAUGCUAUAAUGGGAGCAGCUGAUGCUGUUCGUCGAGUUGCAGCAAAAGGGGGCUUUCUUGAUGAUAGUCGGAGGAUUGAAGCACUCACAAUAACUAUUGACGGGAUGAUUUGGGUUGGCUGUGCGAAUGGUAUGCUUAUUCAGUGGGAUGGAAAUGGAAAUCGUAUUCAAGAUAUUCAGCCUCAUCCUUCUGCGGUUCUAUGCUUAUGCAACUUCGGAUCAAAAAUAUGGGCUGGUUAUGCAAGUGGUACUGUCCAUGCUCUAGACCUUGAUGGUAAUAAGCUUGGAGAAUGGGUUGCUCACAGCAGUCCUGUACUGAAGAUGGCCAUUGGCGCUGGUUAUAUCUACACCCUGGCAAAGCAUGGUGGUAUACGUGGAUGGAGUAUCACAUCCCCUGGACCUCUUGAUGGCAUAUUGUAUUCCGAAUUGACUGCAAAAGGAUUUCUAUAUACAAGGAUGGAAAAUUUAACUAUAUUAACUGGUACAUGGAAUGUUGCGCAGGGGCGAGCAUCUAAGGGCUCGCUUGAAUCUUGGCUACAUUCUGCUGUUUCAGAUGUUGGAAUUAUUGUUAUUGGAUUGCAAGAAGUUGAAAUGGGUGCAGGUUUUCUUGCAAUGUCUGCAGUGAGAGAAUCUGUGGGGCGUGACGGGAGUGCUGUUGGACAGUGGUGGUUGGAUAUGAUAGAUGAAACAUUGCAUGAUAUGAUGGAAAGAAAAUCACAGGAUGUGAUGGGAAAGCAAUCACAUCAAUGGAGAAAAUUUGAGCGUGUUGGAUCUAGGCAGUUGGCAGGCAUGCUUAUUGCUGUUUGGGUCAAGGAUAAUCUUAAACCAGAUGUUGGGGAUAUUGAUGCUGCUGCAGUCCCAUGCGGCUUUGGGCGUGCGAUUGGUAACAAGGGAGCUGUUGGUUUAAGACUGAGAGUGUAUGAUAGAAUCUUUUGCUUUGUUAAUUGUCACUUUGCUGCUCAUUUGGAAGCUGUCGGUCGUCGCAAUGCUGAUUUUGACCAUGUAUAUCGUACAAUGACGUUUAGUCGACAAUCUAAUCUCUUCAAUGCUGGCGCUGGUAUGGUGUUGUACCUGUUAUUGUGUUGCACGCUUGCCUGCUCAAUAUAUUUAUUUUGGCUUGUUUAUAGAUCUAGCUUGCCAUUGGUCCUUUCUAUUGCAGCUGGUGCGUCAUCGGCCGUGCAAAUGGUUCGUGGAGCUAAUGCUACGGGUGCCAACUCUGUUGAAGGAAUGCCUGAAUUAUCUGAAGCAGACAUGCUUGUAUUUCUUGGCGAUUUUAAUUAUCGGCUUGAUGAUGUGUCAUAUGAUGAAGCAAGAGAUUUUAUAUCUCAAAGAAGCUUUGAUUGGCUCAGAGAAAGGGAUCAACUCCGAGCAGAGAUGGAAGCUGGAAAUGUUUUCCAGGGAAUGCGGGAAGCAGUUAUUACUUUUGCUCCCACAUACAAAUUUGAUAAACAUGUAGCUGGUUUAUCAGGCUACGAUUCUGGUGAAAAGAAGCGCAUUCCUGCCUGGUGUGACAGAAUCUUAUAUCGUGAUAGCCGGCGAACAUUGGGAUCUGAAUGCAGUUUAGAGUGUCCUGUUAUCUCUUCAGUAUCACAGUACGAGUCUUGCAUGGAUGUGACAGACAGUGAUCACAAACCUGUCAUUUGCUUAUUUUCUGUUGAAAUUGCUCAUAUUGAUGAGUCAGUAAGGAGACAAGAAUUUGGAGAUAUAGUGAGAUCAAAUGAGGAAGUUAGAUGCAAGCUUCAAGAAUUAUGCAAAAUUCCAGAAACAAUUGUCAGCACCAACAAUAUUAUCCUCCAAAACCAGGACACAUCAAUUUUGCGCAUCACAAAUAAAUGCACAGAAAGCAUUGCUUUGUUUGAAAUAGUUUGUCAAGGUGAAUCUACAAUCAAGGAUGAUGGACAGGCAUCAUAUCAUCAUCCAAGAGGUUCCUUUGGCUUUCCACGGUGGCUUCAGGUUACUCCAGCUGCUGGCAUAAUUAGACCAGAUCAUGUAGCAGAGGUAUCAGUUCAUAUUGAGGCAUUCCACACCCAGGAAGAGUUUGUCGAUGGUGUUCCACAAAAUUGGUGGUGUGAAGACGACAGAGAUAAGGAAGCUUUAUUGGUGGUUAAAGUUCAUGGCAGGUAUACGAUGGAGACAAGGAAUCAUAGGAUCCGUGUUCGUCACUGCUGUUCAACCAAAAUGAGAAAGACAGAUCCUAAGCCUAGAGAUUCUGUACAAACUCAAGGAAAUCUCCUUCACCGUGCUGAUUAUCAAAAGCUUAGUGUUUCCUUUGAUGUGGUUGAUCAUCUCCGGAAUUUGCAUAGUCCAUAAAUUAACAGUGGUAAGAUGUCCACAAAUCACAUGCCAUUGCUGUGUGUUGUGGUUGAUAAUGCAGCUAAUGGAAAAUGUUUAGUCUUUUUUUUUUCUUGUUUUUCUGAAUGAUUUUCAUAUUUAGCGUGAAUAGAAAUUUUAUUGAGUCAAGCUGGUGCCCAUUUUUUAUGUCACCAGUACUUUGUUUUUGUAAGAAUGUCAUUUAUAUAUUGUACAGUAUGAAAGAAUGCAGUGAGCAUGAGAGAAGUGUGAAGCAUUUCGCUUUUUUUUUUUAUAACACUAAUUUCCUUUUAA